CGCCCUCCCUGCCGCUCUGUCCCAACAAGCUUUCCGCUCCGGCCAGGCCUUUUCCAUGGUCUCCAGCCUCCACCGGAAGCCAGACGGGCCCCGGAGGGCCUCGGGCGAGGUCUCGCGACCCGUCUAACUCUCACCCCGGCUGGAAAAGGCCUGCUCGCGGCCGCCCAGCGCUUACGUCACCCGACAGCGCUCGCCACGCUUGCGCACUGGCCCUCCCCACCCCCGCGCGGGCUUCUCUCCGGCCAGUCGCGCGUGGGCUGAGGCCCUGGGCGGGCGUUGCGAAGGGCUCCUUGUUUGAGCUCGGACCCCGUGCCGGUCCGCAGUUCCCGCCUGCGAGGAGGGCACACCCCCGGGGUCAGUUGAAUGGGCUGUCUCGUGGGCUGCUAGGGGGCGAGCUGUGGAGCGCGGGGCUGCGGCCAUGAACUCACCCGUAGACCCCGGCGCCCGGCAAGCGCUGAGGAAGAAGCCGCCGGAGCGGACGCCUGAGGAUUUAAAUACUAUUUAUUCUUAUCUUCAUGGAAUGGAAAUAUUAUCAAAUCUCAGGGAACAUCAGCUUAGAUUAAUGUCUGCAAGAGCACGCUAUGAGAGAUACAGUGGAAAUCAAAUUCUUUUUUGUUCAGAGACUAUUGCCAGAUGCUGGUAUAUCCUGCUUUCUGGAUCUGUACUUGUGAAAGACUCCAUGGUCCUACCUCCUUGCAGUUUUGGUAAGCAGUUUGGAGGAAAAAGAGGAUGUGAUUGUCUUGUAUUAGAGCCUUCAGAAAUGAUUGUGGUAGAGAAUUCUAAAGAUAAUGAAGAUAGCAUUCUGCAAAGAGAAAUUCCUGCCAGACAGUCUCGACGAAGAUUUCGAAAAAUUAAUUAUAAAGGAGAACGCCAAACCAUAACUGAUGAUGUGGACAUCAGUAGCUAUCUUUCUCUCCCAGCUGAUCUUACCAAGAUGCAUCUCACAGACAGCCCUCAUCCUCAGGUGACUCACGUGACUUCUAGUCAGUCUGGGUGCAGCAUUGCCAGUGACUCUGGAAGCAGCAGUCUCUCUGAUAUCUAUCAGGCUACAGAGAGUGAGGUAGGAGAUGUAGAUUUAACACGGCUUCCAGAAGGACCUGUUGAUUCUGAGGAUGAAGAAGAGGAAGAGGAAGAAAUUGAUCGAACAGAUCCAUUGCAGGGGCGAGAUUUUGUUCGAGAAUGUCUUGAAAAAGAACCUGCAGACAAAACAGAUGAUGACAUUGAACAAUUACUUGAGUUUAUGCACCAGCUCCCUGCUUUUGCAAACAUGACCAUGUCAGUAAGGAGAGAGCUCUGCUCAGUGAUGAUUUUUGAAGUGGUGGAGCAAGCUGGAGCUGUUAUUCUUGAAGAUGGGCAAGAGCUUGACUCUUGGUAUGUGAUUUUGAACGGCACUGUAGAAAUUAGUCAUCCAGAUGGAAAAGUUGAAAAUCUCUUUAUGGGAAAUAGUUUUGGAAUUACUCCCACUCUGGAUAAGCAGUACAUGCAUGGAAUUGUCAGGACUAAAGUAGAUGAUUGUCAGUUUGUGUGCAUAGCCCAGCGGGAUUAUUGGAGAAUUUUAAAUCAUGUGGAAAAAAAUACCCAUAAAGUUGAGGAAGAGGGAGAAAUUGUUAUGGUACAUGAGCACCGGGAGUUAGACCGGAGUGGAACGAGGAAAGGACACAUUGUAAUCAAGGCAACACCUGAGCGUCUCAUCAUGCAUUUAAUAGAAGAACAUUCUAUUGUGGACCCAACUUAUAUAGAAGAUUUUCUGUUGACUUACAGGACAUUUCUUGAAAGUCCUUUGGAUGUUGGAAUCAAGCUAUUAGAAUGGUUUAAGAUUGACAGUUUGAGAGAUAAGGUGACACGGAUUGUAUUAUUGUGGGUAAAUAAUCAUUUUAAUGAUUUUGAAGGUGAUCCUGCCAUGACUCGAUUUCUAGAGGAAUUUGAAAAAAAUCUGGAGGAUACAAAAAUGAAUGGUCAUCUCCGGCUGUUGAAUAUUGCCUGUGCUGCAAAGGCUAAGUGGAGACAAGUUGUGCUGCAAAAGACUUCCCGUGAGUCGCCUCUGCAUUUCAGCCUCAGUGGAGGAAGUGAAAAGGGAUUUGGUAUUUUUGUUGAAGGAGUUGAACCUGGUAGCAAAGCUGCUGAUGCAGGACUGAAACGUGGUGACCAGAUAAUGGAAGUAAAUGGACAAAAUUUUGAGAAUAUUACAUUUGUGAAGGCUCUUGAAAUUUUGAGGAAUAAUACUCAUCUUGCACUUACUGUGAAGACCAACAUUUUUGUGUUCAAAGAGUUACAUAGUAGGACCAAACAAGAGAAAUCUGGUGUUCCGCAUAUUCCAAAAAUUGCUGAAAAAAAAAGUAACCGUCAUUCAAUCCAAGAUGUACCAGGAGAUACUGAACAGACAUCACAGGAGAAAGGACAUAAGAAAGUUAAAGCAAAUACUGUUUCAGGUGGAAGAAACAAAAUCAGGAAGAUUUUGGAUAAAACACGGUUUAGUAUCUUGCCUCCAAAGCUAUUUAGUGAUGGAGGCCUGAGCCAGUCACAGGAUGACAGCAUUGUGGGAACGAGACAUUGUAGACACAGCCUCGCUAUAAUGCCUAUUCCUGGAACACUCUCAUCCAGCAGCCCCGAUCUCCUACAGCCAACCACCAGCAUGUUGGACUUUUCCAACCCUUCAGAUAUUCCGGAUCAAGUUAUAAGAGUUUUCAAAGCAGAUCAACAAAGUUGCUAUAUUAUCAUCAGUAAAGACACUACAGCUAAAGAAGUAGUUUGUCACGCCGUUCAUGAAUUUGGUUUGACUGGUGCAUCUGACACAUACUCUCUCUGUGAAGUUUCUGUUACUCCUGAGGGUGUCAUAAAGCAGAGAAGACUUCCAGACCAGUUCUCCAAAUUAGCUGACAGAAUUCAGCUCAAUGGAAGGUACUAUUUGAAAAAUAACAUGGAAACAGAAACCUUAUGCUCAGAUGAAGAUGCUCAGGAACUGGUUAAAGAAAGCCAACUGUCCAUGCUGCAGCUCAGUACCAUCGAGCUGGCCACCCAGUUGUCAAUGCGGGACUUUGACUUAUUUCGUAAUAUUGAGCCUACUGAAUACAUUGAUGACAUUUUUAAGUUGGACUCCAAAACAGGAAAUACUCACUUGAAGGAGUUCGAGGACAUUGUAAACCAAGAGACAUUCUGGGUUGCCUCAGAGAUUUUAACAGAAUCAAAUCCGCUCAAACGAAUGAAAGUUAUUAAACAUUUUAUUAAGAUUGCACUUCAUUGUCGAGAAUGUAAGAAUUUCAAUUCCAUGUUCGCAAUUAUAAGUGGCUUGAACCUGGCACCUGUAGCACGACUUAGAGGUACCUGGGAAAAGUUACCAAACAAAUACGAGAAACAUCUCCAAGAUCUUCAAGACCUUUUUGAUCCAUCUAGAAACAUGGCAAAAUAUAGAAAUAUUCUUAGUAGUCAAAGCAUGCAGCCUCCAAUUAUUCCGCUCUUCCCCGUUGUCAAGAAAGAUAUGACUUUUCUUCAUGAAGGAAAUGACUCCAAAGUAGAUGGUUUAGUAAACUUUGAGAAGCUAAGAAUGAUUUCUAAGGAAAUCCGCCAAGUUGUUCGAAUGACUUCUGCUAACAUGGACCCAGCUAUGAUGUUCCGACAAAGGAAGAAGAGGUGGCGGAGUCUGGGGUCACUGAGUCAAGGCAGCACAAAUUCAAACAUGUUGGAUGUUCAAGGAGGCGCUCACAAGAAAAGAGCGCGUCGCAGCUCUCUGCUCAAUGCCAAGAAGCUGUAUGAGGAUGCGCAGAUGGCAAGGAAGGUAAAGCAGUAUCUGUGCAGUCUGGAUGUAGAGACGGAUGAGGAGAAGUUCCAGAUAAUGUCGCUGCAGUGGGAACCUGCCUAUGGUACCUUGACCAAGAAUUUAAAUGAGAAAAGAUCAGCCAAAUCAUCUGAAAUGUCUCCAGUGCCUAUGAGGUCAGCAAACCAGGUGGCUAAAGCCCACUUGCACCAGCCCCACAGAGUGAGCCAGGUGCUUCAAGUGCCCGCUGUUAAUUUGCACCCUAUAAGGAAGAAGGGACAAGCAAAAGACCCUGCCUUGAGUACAGGUUUACCUCAGAAAGUUUUAGGACCAACUGAAGAAGUAAGUGGUAAGAAACAUACAGAAGACGUGAUUUCUGUGGCGUCAUCGUUACAUUCUAGUCCUCCUGCAUCUCCUCAAGGUUCCCCUCGCAAAGGUUACACACUUACACCAUCAGCUAAAUCUGACAACUUGUCUGACUCCAGCCACAGCGAGAUUUCUUCACGGUCCAGCAUCGUGAGCAACUGUUCUGUUGACUCCAUGUCUGCAGCUCUGCAGGAUGAGCGGUGUUGCUCCCAGUCCAUGGCAGUCCCUGAACCCACUGGGACAUUGGAAAAGACAGAGCACCCCCCGGGGACAGGAGACCACGGUCAUCUUGGACCUGGGUGGACAUUUUCAAAGCCAUCUCUAAUCAAGGGUUUACCUGUCUCGUCUUCUCUGAGCAAUGAAGAGAUUUCUCAUGAGCAUAUUGUUAUAGAAGCAGCUGACAGUGGUCGUGGAAGUUGGACUUCCUGUUCAAGCAACUCCCAUGACAACUUCCAGAGCCUUCCAAACCCAAAAAGCUGGGACUUUCUGAACUCCUACAGACAUACUCAUUUGGAUGAGUCCAUUGCUGAAGUUGAAUCCACCGAUUGUGAGCCCUAUUCCUGUCCUAAAGGUUGCUCUAGAACUUGUGGGCAGUGUAAAGGAAGCUUAGAGACCAGUCAGUUGAGACAGAGUUGGGCCUCCUCCAGUUCUCUGUCUGACACAUAUGAACCAAACUAUGGGACAGUUAAAAGGAGAGUUUUGGAGGCCACCCCCGCCGAGUCAUCGGAUGGCUUGGACCCAGUUUAUAAAACAGUCACUUCAAGUACAGAAAAGGGCUUGAUCGUGUACUGUGUCACCUCACCCAAGAAGGAUGGUAGGUAUAGGGAGCCACCUCCUACUCCUCCAGGAUACAUGGGAAUUUCUUUAGCCGACCUAAAGGAAGGACCCCACCCGCACCUAAAGCCUCCAGAGUAUAGUGUGGCCGUGCAGAGGUCAAAGAUGGUGCCCAGCAGCCUCUCUAGGCCGCCAGCCGCCUCUCCCAGUAGCAGCCCCGUGGCCUGCAUCUCAUCGAAGAUUGUAACUCGGCCUCAGAGGCUUAAUUUGCAGGCCUCCCACCCUAAACUAGCAGAUGUGGCUGACCCAGAGAGCGAAGCAGAUGAAAAUGAACAAGUGUCAGCAGUCUAGCCUUUGAGUGACCUAUAUGAUGACCCUGAACAUCAAGGGAAUGAACGGAACCUCGUGAUUCUUCUGGCCGUUGCCAACAAACAGAUCACUACUACCCCUGGCCCAGAGGUUCAUGGCCUGUGCUCCGCUCCGAGCAGUGGCACUUACCUGAGUACACUUCCUUCCAUUUAGUCUCUGCAGAUGCGUAGUUCCCUCAGCUGUGGAUGCUAUGUCUGGAUACCGGUCUACACUUUGCACACUGGACCUGCCUUGGAACAUUACAGAGCUAAUUUAAGCUCAAGUUUCCUCCACAUCCCCAUGUAUAUCACUAUAGAUUUUCCUUUUACAGGUUAUUUCAAAGAUAGUGGUAUUAUUAUUUCCAAGCCAUAGCUUGGGCUAAAGAAUGAAUUUAGAAUGCCUGCCAAUACCAAGAAUAUUCUUGGGUAUUUGAAAAGUAACUUAUUUGUAGUGUUGUGGUUUUGGUUUUUUUUUUAAGGAGAUUGUUUUUUUUGUUUGCUUUUUGGAGUGUUCUUGUUAGCCAAUGUUUGUUUGAGGCCAUAAAACUGUCUCUGGUCAGACCAGACAAGUCAUCUCUACAGAGAUGAUAUGCUUGGUCUGUCAGAGAUGGGAUUUCAUCUGUAGCACCAGUACGAUGGAGGGUCUUGUUGUGAGUAGAGGAGGAAGCCCUUUGCAGGUGAAGUAUUAGGAACCUACUGAUUGUGAUGUGAAAGGAAGCUGCCAGGGGGUUUCUUGCCAGUCCUUUUGGAAAAGAGAGAGGAAGGAGAAUAGGUAAGUAAUGACUUUAACUUCCAAAGAAUGACAGUUGAUGCUAACUGACAUGUAUACCGAUUCUGAAGUGAAAGUCAUGCUGCAUCUAAUUGUAAACUAAAAGUAAAGAGCCAAUUGAGAAUGAGUUCUGGAGAAUUCUACUCUAGAAACCAUAAACUAAAAUUUCUCACAACUCAAGUACAGAAUUCUUGUGUUUUUUGUUUGUUUUGUUUUGUUUCUUGUUUUGUUUUGUUUUGUUGGUACUGAGGAUCAAACUCAGGUCCUUGCGUUUGUGGGCCAGGUGGCGGAACCACCGAGCUAAAUCCCCGGCCCGAAUUCUUGUUUUUUAAAGUGUGAUCAUAGGUGUUUGUAGUCGUGAAGAUGAGCUUGACGCUGUGCAGCGUUCUGCAACCCACCACCCCACAUCUCACAGCGCCAGGUUACAUCCAUCUUCAAACCCUGAGCUCUCAGUAAACGUCGAAGAACUGCUUGAAAAUUCUGUGGGAGAAAGAGGAGCCAGAAUGAUGGGAAUGGUUGUCUCUCGGUCCUCAUUUAGCCCUUGAGAGGACAUGUCUCUCUGGCAUCUUGGGCAUGGCACUCUUAAUUUAAGUAUUUAAGUAUAAAAUUUCAAUAAGUGUUUACUGGAUUAAGUGGAUUUUCCACAUUUUUAUGAGUUUAAUGUAUUUUAUAUAUAUAUACACACACACACAUAUAUAUGUAUGUAUAUAUAGUGUGAAUUUUUUCAUUUGUUUUCAGUGUAAAGGCAAGUGAGAUUGCGUAAGAUUCUGUGAUUACAAGAAGAAAAAGCCAAAGCCAUUAAGGUGCACUACUCAGACCAACUUGGAGCCCAAACGGAUUCAGAGUGGUUGUCUGCAUGUGGCCAUAUAAGAUUUAGUUUGUGACUGUAUUUUAAAAGUGUGUACUUUUUUCUCUAUUGCUCUUUUUCUGUUUCCUGCCUCUGCCAUUUGUUUUAUUUUGUUUGUUUGUUUGUCUGAUUUUCUGUGUUUUUUGAAGGCAAGGUCUCACUGUGUAGUUCAGGCUGGCCUUGGACUUACUUUGUAGCCCAGGCCUGCCUCAAACUUUCAACGAUCCUCUUGCCUCAGCCUCCCAAGUACUGGGUAUCCCCUUCACUUUAAAACCAUGUCACUUCUAUGUGGUAAAUGGUAAUUGUUCAUUUUUCCCAUCAAAAUUAUUAUCUGUAUUUUAGGGAAAAUAAUAUAUCUGCAAAAUCCCCCUGAGGAAAAAAUACUAACAUGAAACUUAAGCCUUAGAAAUUAACCCCAGGUAUGUUAAAAAUAAAGCUACGUGGCUCCACAGUUUUCUUGGUCCUUUGAAGCAGAAAGUUGCCUGAAAUCCAAAUCCUGGCUUGAAAGUCACGCUGUAGUGAUUAGGCCUAUUGAACAGUGGUCCUCUGAGUCUAGACUUUUUAUUCACUCAUUUACGUACUCUUGUUUUCCAUGUCCAGAGCAAAACAAAAAAUGAAAAGUAUUUUUGCUAUAACCGCCUUUUUAUCAAGUUUGGGUAUUUAUUAUCACUGUUUUAUAUAUCUAUUACUUCAGAAAAAAUGUGCUAUUUGCACUGCAUCUCCUUGUUUAGCACGUUUUCAAACCAAAUGGAAGCCUUACUUAUCUUUGCCCUUAGUAGUGUAAAUAAUAACUGCACAGAGAGCUGAGGCCUUUGGUUUUGGACUUGUACCGUGUCGCUGCCUUUGCUGUACGUGGCUUUAACUGUGAGUGUUCAGAUCAGCUGGUCACAUUGAUCAGGGACUAAAACCAAAUGCUUUGCAGUUUGAUGCCCUUAAAAAAUAAACUGAUUUUUAAAAACCUUAAUUUAAGGAGCAUUUCUGCUGUUUCUUAGUUUAUCCUAUUACUAGAACAACGAAGCCUUAACCUGUGUGUGCUCCAAUUCCAAAUCCCCUUUUUUUCUUAUUUUCAUUUUAAAUUUGACCAUGAAGAGAUUGGCGCCUUCUCUUCCCACCACAACUUGACACGAAGCCUGAUGAAGCAGCAGCCCCUCGGUGCAGACUGGCCAGCUGCUGAGCCAGAGAAUCAGUAGAUCCAAUACAUGCUUCCGUUAAAGUUUAUUAUAACUAAUAGACUCUCAUUUCCCCCAAGUUAUUACUUAGGGAAGAAAACUCCUCCCAUGGGUUUUCAUGAGGGUGACAGCUACAUCACCUCUCUGCCUGGGAACAGCAGUAACCAUGGAAUUUCUAAGAACAGACCUAGAAAAUGUUACCAAGUGUUCUUUCACCUAUGAAAAAGAGAAAAUAUGCCUUUAUUUGGUUAAAACAGUGAUUGUUAUUUGGGUACAAAACUUUCUGCAAAACAUUAUGUUAAAGCAUAUGUAUCCCUUUAGCAUUAAAGGCUAAAAAAAAGGAUAAAUCUUCAGAAAAGUGUCACAGUCACAGUACAUUUUCAGAUUUAAAUUUGAACCCCAGUUCAUCUUUAGCUUUUGUUAUGCUUUUUUUUUUUUUUUUUUGGUACCGGGGAUCGAACUCAGGACCCUGCACUUGCAAGGCAGGCGCUGGAACCACUGAGCUAAAUCCCUGGCCCUGUUAUGCUUUUUAAAAAGCUUCUUUCUUUUAAUAUACAGAAUUCAGUUGAACUUGAUCUUUUUAAAUUGAAAUAUGUAAGCUUAGCUUAAAAAGACAAAAUUGCACAGUUGUAAUAAUCAGAUAACAGUUAUACUGCACAAUUCAGUGAUUGUAAAGUAUCCUAUAACAAGCAAUGUUUGUCUCCUACUUUUUGAUACCUCUUAAAACUUAUGUCUUUUAGAAAGACAGUGCCUCUGUAUGCUUUUUGUAUUUUUACUGAGUGUAAAUAUUUGUUAUAUUUUUGGUUAAGAGAAUGUAAAAGUACCAUUUAUUAUUACCCUGUCUACUAAUACGUUGGUGGAAUCAAUAAAGAAUCUACAUUAACCUUC